CAGACAUGUUGAGCCCAGCGAACAGCGCUCACGUGAACGAGUGUGAUGCCGGUGUGGAAUAGUGUGCGUUGUCGCUAGUGAAGAAGCAGUAGUGCAGGCAGGCAGGAAGCAGCAGGGUCAGGGUUAGGCAGGCACGGAAGGGACAGAGCAAAGGAUGAUGGAGGCUGUGGUGAGCAACGGGCUGGACAGCCAGCAGCAGAAACGCAUGUACAGCCCGCACCUGAAGAAGGUGCUGAAGACGUACCAGCUGACGGCGCAGCGCAGCCUCAAGGGGCCGGCCGGCGUGGACAGCAAGGUGGAGGUGAAGGCCGGGGGCUCGUCGCCGCCGCCGCCGCCCACGCAGCAGCCUCCGCCCGUCUUCUACACGCAGGACCGGCCCAACAGCUCGGAACUGCUGGAGACUGUGCUCAGGGGCGCCAGCAUCUCGUGCUUCAACGUGGGCGGCGAGCUGCGGCUGUGUCUUCCGCAGGUAAUCAACUCGGUGCUGCACGGCUUCCAGCCCAACAUCAUCUACGUGCACUGCGACGAGCUGAUGAUCCACUGCAGCCGCUGCUCGCCGGAGCAACUAGACGUGCUGAAAAGAGACAAAAAACUUCCGGACACUGCCGUCUCGUGCGGUCUGAUCACGCAGACGGAUGCCGAGCGGCUCUCGGGCGCGCUGCUCAAUACGCAGGCCAUGCCGUGCAAGGUGGCCGCGUCGGCCGCCGACUCGGUCAUCAGGGUGUACCACGAGUGCUUCGGCGUGUGCCACGGCCUGCUCACGCCCGCACUUUUCGACCACGACGAGUCCGAGUGCGUCGAGUGUUGCGACUGCAGACGCCUCUUCAGUCCGCAGCACUUUGUCACGCACGUGCACGUCGACCUGGAGAACCGCACGUGCCAUUGGGGUUUCGACUCGGCCAAGUGGCGUGCCUACCUUCUGCUCGACGAGGACCAGCCCGACGCCAAACGCCUCAAGGACGUGCUUGUCCAACUCAAGCAGCGUCCAGUCAUCAAAUACAAGCCGCCCAAGCGCAAACAGGUAUGCCUGCCACCGCGAUAUUCCCCGGUUGAAGUCAAGUCUGCUCCAUCGUCGCCUUAUUCAGAGUAUGAGGAUCAGAUCAAAAUCGAGGCGCCACCGUUGGCCAUGGUGAAUGGCAAGCGGCAGCGGCUACACUACGAUGGCUACAUGCUGCCCAUGGACCCGCAGCACAUUUUCCCCAGCGGGCCGCCGCCAUACUCCUUCCACGACCCCAUCAACUUCUGGGUGCAUAAUGACAUGGUCGCCCGCAUGGCCGCUCCCUUCCGCCACUGGCCCAUCGUGGCGGCCGCCUCCAAGGAGGCCUUUAAGAUGCACAGAGAUCCGAUGCCCUUUUCGUUAUUGAGUCACGCAGCGCCGAUUCUGACGAAUCCCAGCAGAGUUGUGCCUUUUUCAGAGUCUGACCGGUUCGAGUCGCAACCGAACGUGGCUCUGGCGCCAUUGUCCCAGUCAUUACAGAGGUCGUCCACGCAGGUGAAAAGCGCGUCGCUAGGAAAAGAGCCGAAACCUAUUGAAAAAAUCGUGCAGCGGCCCUCCUCCACCACAGCACCUGUCCACUCGUACAACCCGGAGAUUGAGCUGUCCACGGACACGGAGGACAGCGACUCGGCGCCCGGCACGAGCGGCGUGGUCAUCGUCACGGCUGUCGACGAGGAAACCAAGCUGCUGAGCAGUUUGGCCCGCUGCGUGGCUGAUGCGGACGGCGACGCGCGGCGCCUCGGCGAACACGCGCUGCAGGUGCUGCGCGAAGUCACCGCGGGCUUGCGCAACGAGAACCAGAUGCUCAAGAGUAAACUCGACGAGAUCGAGUGCAGAAUGAGUGAGGAGCGGGCUCAGCACGAAAAGGAAAUCGCGGCCAUGAGUCUUGAGCGGCUACGGUCGCCCCAGCACGUCAUUCAGCAUCCGCAUAAUUUGCAGAACGGCUCGGCGCAGCGGACAUCGCCGGCCACCUCAGUCAUAACCUCAUCGUCGGCCAUCGUGAAGAAAGAGCCGCUAAACGUGGAUUGAACUGGCUCUGUUGAACUUUGUUUUGUGCGGAUCGCGCUGCUAGACACUCUUUUACUCUCUUGAGAUAAUAGUACAAACUACAGAUAUAAUUUGAACACUCUUGUUUCCUUUUUUUAUUGUGCUGUGAAGAAGAAUGAUGAAGAACUAAGCUGCAGACGGUUAACUGAUUUCGUCAUAUUUCCUAAUUAGACCGAUCGAAAUGGGAUUAGGGAUUUUUCUCACAUCAUGCACAACCCAGAAUUUUAUCUGUUUCUUCGCCGUGUAAAUAGUGUAAAUAUGUAAUUAACCACCACGCUACUGUAAUCCGCUGUCCUUUCAAACAUAUAAUAUAUGAUCAUUAUAUUAUUGUAAUUGUACGAGAUAAUUUUAUCAAGCAGUUAAGAGUACUGUUGAGAAGGGAGAAAUUUAACAGAGGCAGAAGAGAAGCAACUUAUAACAAACACGUUGAACGAGAUUCCGACACUUGAAUCUCACACACUAUACCGUUGGUUUCGUCCAGAGAGCGCCCAUCGAGCGGAGCUUCCUUCGCAGCGCCGCUCCGCUGGCCAUCUCUCUGGACUUUUUAACGAAUGAUUCACUCUCUCAGGCACCAUAUAUUUACGGUGAAACGGCUAAUUCCGAAACACUUACACACACACACACCCUUGAACCCGUGCAGAGGGAAUUAAUAUAGCUUUUGAACUGGAGCCCCACUUGCGAGUUGCAGCCCGGACUUUCACAGAAGCAUAAAAACAGAUGAAACGACUGAUGAUGUGAUUCCGGGCUGGCGAUUUUUGGGCGUUUUCAAAAUGAUAGACUUUGAAGUGUACAGUUUUUUUAGUAACUCUAAUAUGUGCCAACAUUCUGCUGCUGUUAUUACCUGACUGAUUGAGAAACUUAUUUUAUCCGUUAAAAGUAGAAUGUUGCCGUCAGCGCGCGCGUGGGAGAGAAAAAAAGUGAUUAUUUAAUAUGUGUACAUGACGAUAAUAAUGAUAUGGGAAAUAUCAUCCGGUCAAACAGCCUCUUGAGUUGAAAUAAGAAAGAAGUGUUUUAAAAGACUUAACGGCAGUAUUUUGACACUAGACAAAGUAAGCGAAAAGUGUUUGUAAAUAGCCAAAAAUUUAUUCUGGCAGCUCUUUAUAUUGCGACAAGGAGAUAAUACAAACGAGCUCUCAGGGUUUCUUUUUAACUGAUGAAACAAAUGAAUUGUAAUAGAUGAAAAGCCAGUUUGUCACUGCCAAACAGUUCUGACGACGAAUAAAACGCGAUUAUGACACAGAGCAUAUAAAAACACACACACACAAUUCUAGCGGAGGAAAAUCGAAGCAAAGGAUUUCCGACAAGCAUCACGUUUAAAACAUGAAAGGAAUAAUACAAAUCGUAGCAGUUUGGUACAGAAAGAGUUUUCCAAGUUUGCAGGCCUUGUCUUUAAGAAACUAACGUACCAGUAAUAAUUUCGACUGAGCAAACACAAACUCUCACGCAAACCACCUUCCCCUUUGUCUCUGUUGUCAUUUGAAAAUUUAUAUUUUUGCUUUGUGCGGCAACGCAUUCGUGUAUAUUCAUUGUCUUUGACACAUUUGUCGUUUUGUAGACAUUUUUCGGAAUUUUCAAGGCUAUUACAAACAAGCUUGAUUUUGGGUACAUCAGCUCGCUGAUGAACUUUAUUUUAAUUCUCCUCCAAGCCUUGAUUUCUCGUCUUGUGGUGACGAAUAAUGAAAACGAUAUGUUUUAAUUGAAUGUCUUUGUCCUCCAAUGCAGUACCUGAUAAUUUACAGACGACGUGUAAUGGAUAUUUGUCUCCUGCUACAUGCACGCACGCACUCACUCACUCACACACAUACACUCACAAACACACAGUUUGGAUCUUUAGAUGACAAAAACAAAAAUGAAAUUAUAUAGCAAAGCGCAGAGUUUGUCGAUCACUUUUAAAAAAAGGGGGAAGUUAAAUUUUGUUAUGAACAAGAGGCCGUCUCAAAAGAAUAGACACUUGCAAGUGUAAUAGUUUUUACUCUCGUUGCAAUUGUAAAUAAAGACGAUUGAAAUUUGCAAAAUCAAACUUCGCGGAUUAGGCUGACUGGCAGGGAUUGCAUUUUACUUCGGAAAAUUGAAAUGCAAUAACGCGCGAGUUGUUUUCGGUCUGAAGACCCUUCCCUUACCAUUAGCCGCCCCUGAGACCCCGUUGUUGAGCCCGCGCCGGGCGGGACGCUGGAUAAAUCGAAUAUGUCACAACUUCUGUGAUUCGCAGACCGUGUUGAUCGUUGAUAAUCUGUUGGUUUAAAAUAAGUGUGAGAACAAUGAUGUUGAUUAUGUGCGUAAAUUUAAACAAAAAAUGAGCUUGAAUCACAAUCGUUGUGCUGUACACUCGAACUGCUAGUAGAUGUCAUGGUGCGAAGUUAAAGAAAAAAGAUGGACAAUUUGAUUUGGGGAAUCUAGCGUGUAGCUCCGGAACCGCCUUAACUUUGGUUUUACACGGCUCAACGGAAGGAAAUUUGAAAAUUUGAUGAUCCACACAUUGUUCUAGAGUGAUAAAAUUCAACUUUACCGCGCAGCUCUUUAGAACGGACUCACACUCUCGAUUAUGUAGGAAAAACUAACAAACACGCGACUUUGAAAAGGGUUUCGAGAGAGACACGCACUACUUGUGAAAAUCUUUCAUUGAGCUGGUUUCAUGGAAUCCAAAAAUAUAAAAUAAACGGCAUGUAAAUUCGUUCUUUUUAUAUAAUUGUAAACAAUGUGGUACAUAUGCGUUGUAAAAAUUGUGCAAAUCGUGCUCGCGAUGAGCGUUGCGUUUAUUUCCGAAAGGAGCUAUUAAAAUCUGUUCUAGCUGAGAGGGGAACGCAAUUAAUGUAGCAAUUAAUAGAGGAAAACUUGCCUACUCGAGGACACGUGGAAAGAAAGCAAGAAAGAAUGCUAGAGUGUAGUAGUUUCUUGGCGGAUGGAUCCGAAUCGGCACGCCAGAGACGAUGGACGGUGUGAUUAUUUCUAUUUGAAAAAAUCGUAUAUUACAAUAUUUAAAGGUAAACCAUUAUAUUCAAGAAAACACACACUGUGAAAAAGAAAAUCAUGACAAGGUAAUGUUACAUUAGAUGCAAUUGGUAGCGUGAAUUUACGAAAACAAAAAUAUGUAUGUUGUCAUUAAGUGUUGCAAUUACUGUACUGGAAGCGCUGCUGGGAAAGGCGAAUGUGUUUUUUCGAAGCGGAAACAAAGAGAGAAACAGCUCAAUAACCCAUCGAUCCCUGUGCACUUUUUCCAUACACACACACACACUCACUCUCACGCAAAAGGCAAUUUUCCUGCUAAACUUUCUGCCACCUCAGACUCCGCGCGAGAUCAGCUAGUUGCGAACUUGGGAGGGAACUAAAAAUUCAAGCCCCGCGUGCCUACCGGGAGUGCAAAAAAACGAGUCUGACGCUUUCAAUGCCAAUGAAUUCUCUUCCACUUGUUGGUUACUAAAAGUUACCCGCAUUUUACCUGUAAAGAAAUUAUGUAUCAGCACACUUCACUCGUGAAUCCUAGUAGGUAAAGCCACCAACCCAGAGUAGAAGUACAAUCAUUCUCAAUAUUGUUAUGUAGUUACGAACGACGAGAACAAAAUCUUUUCAAUGACACACACACACGCGCGCGUAGGCCUAAGUUCUGUGUAAUAUCAGUUGUUGUUGAACGGGGGCAUAAGUGCUGAGAAAAGAGACAAUUAAGAGACAAUUGUUGCCUUUUCUUCAUCUCCCACAUCCACUCGCGACUUUUAAACAUUUUACAAGAUAUGUAUGAUUUAAUUCACAACUUUCAGGAAUUUAUUGCCAUCGUUUAUGUUUUGUUGUUAAUAUACCAUAUUUCACAACGUUUUUAACUCUGCCGAAGCCAUUUUAACUCACACGCGAAGUGUAAUAUAAUAGAAUUGUUGCAUGGGUUUUAGAAAAACGCAAAUCAAGUACAAAGCACCUCUUCUUGUAAUAGAAAGCUGAAAUAAAAAUAAUAAUUCUGUCACGAUAUCGACUUACUGUCUUUACUUAAUUAGCUUAAAUUGUUUCGCUAGUCGAAAGCAAGUUCGUUUUUUUGCAUUUGUUCACAUUUUUUGGUUUGGCAGCUGCUAAUAAUUAAUUUAUUCUUUGCCAUAUGAACAAAAUGGUGUUGUCGGUCUUGAGACAAAAUAAGAAAUGUUGCGGACACGCGAAUCGCCUCUCUUCACCGCUUUUCACACUAGUGUGUACGCUAAACACGCGCUGAGCAAAUGUACGUGGCUGAUUGAAAACAGAAUACUAGCCGAUGUUGGGAUUUUAUUCCUUCUAUUGUUUCACGAAAGAAGUGCAAUUGUCAUUUUAAAUACCAAUUUUGACACUACACACUCAUUACGCCACCAGUUGAUGAUAAAACGGUUAAAAACAAGUGUAAUUUCUUCAAAUGCACACGUCGUAUUAAUAAUUAUUAUAAAGUGAUUAAUAAAUUGCAUCUAAGUCAAAAAACGAAAAA